AUGUCUGCCUCUGCUGUUUCACUUCAGGCAAAAGUUCUUUGUUCUGUCACAAUGAAAAUAGCUGCAUUCAACGUGCAGAACCUGGGACCAAAAAAAGUCAAAGACGACUUUGUUGUUGGCAAACUUGUCAAGAUCAUGGCUCGGUACACUGUGAUAGUGAUACUGGAGGUGCAGGGUAAAGGAAACACCGUGGUGAAGAGGUUAAAGAAGGAACUCAAUGAAACUCAAGACCAUCCCUAUGAGGUGAUCUGCAGCGAAGGUCUGGGUCGAAACUCCCACAAUGAGAAAUAUGCCUUUUUCUACAGAGAAGACGAAGUUGAGCUCAUAGAUCAAUGGCAGUAUGAGGAUGAGCAAGAGGGGGAUGAGGACGCCUUUGCCCGAGAGCCCUUCAUCGUGCGUUUUAAAUGUCCCAAAGCAGCUGUGGAAGACCUGGUCCUGAUUCCAAUCCACACCAAGCCAGACGAUAGUGAGAAGGAGAUUGACGAGCUUGACGAUGUGGUCAGAGAAGUCGAGGAACACUGGGACACCGAAAACAUCAUGAUUUUGGGGGACUUCAAUGCAGAUGGACGCUAUAUGUCCAGAAGAAAGCUCGACAGGAGCCACCUCCGGUCUGAGUGUUACCACUGGGUCAUAGAUGAUGAUGAAGACACCACAGUAAGCGGAAGUAAUGACCACACCUACGACAGGAUCGUGGUGUAUGGGGAAGCCUUGAAGGACGCCAUAGUGGCAAAUUCUGGCAAGCCUUACAACUUCGAGAAAGCGUUGAGGCUGAGUAAUGAAAAUGCUCUCCGUAUCAGUGACCAUUACCCUGUGGAGGUGAAGUUGAAGGCAAAAAGACGCAGGUCCUAAAGGUCAAGCCAGGUGAAUCUCGGACAAAAGCCAUAGAAAAAAGGAACUCGGUCGGUCGGUCGGCCUGUCUGUCUGUCUGUCUGUCUGUCUAUCAAUGUAUCUAUCAA